AUGGCGCCGAGUACGUUCAGAAAGGCGAUCGGGGCGGUGAAGGACCACACCACCAUCGGCCUGGCGAAAGUGGCGGGGACAAUUUCGCCGGAGCUGGAGGUCCUCGUCGUGAAGGCGACGAGCCACGGCGAGGAGCCGACCGACGAGAAGUACUACAGAGAGAUCCUCUCACUCACUUCCUCCUCACGCGGCUACAUGAGCGCGUGCGUCGCCACCGUCUCGAAGCGGCUGAGCAAGACGCACGACUGGAUGGUGGCGCUCAAGUCGCUGAUGCUCGUCCACCGCCUCCUCGCCGACGGCCACCCUUCCUUCGAGGAUGAGAUCCUCUACGCCGCCCGCAGCGGGAUGCGGAUCCUCAACAUGUCCGACUUCCGCGCCGAGGCGAGCUCCAACUCGUGGGACCACGCCGGCUUCGUCCGGUUCUACGCCAUGUACCUCGACGAGAAGGUCGGCAGCUCGGCUUUCGAGAAGAAGUGGCGAGCCAGCGGCGAGAAGGGCCGCCGCGGCGACGAGGAGGCCGCCAAUUGCGAGUUCGGGAGGAGGUUCGACGAGAAAGAUGAGGAGCUAGGGUUUGACAGGAACUGGAGGUCGGAGAAUCAGAGGCGAUUUGACGAGAGGGAGGACGAAUUGGGGAAGCGGAGGUGGUCGAAUCACAGCAACGGCCGCGGGGAAGAUGAAUCCCCCAAUCAAUUGAUUAGGAAACCGAAGGAUCUGGCUCCGAUCAAGGAGAUGGCGACGGACGGCGUUUUGGGGAAAUCGAGCCAGCUGCUGAGAGUUCUGGACAGGAUUCUGGCCUGCAGGCCUGCAGGAAUGGCGAGGACCAACAGGUUGGUGCUGGUGGCGUUUCAGCAGGUGGUUAAAGAGAGCUUUGCUCUGUACAUGGAGAUAGUCGAAGUCCUGACCGUCCUGCUCGAUCGAUUCGCGGAGAUGGAGUACGCCCACACGGUGAAGGCGUUCGAUGUGUAUGUUAGCGCGGGGAAGAUGAUCGACGAGCUGAUUGGGUUCUACGGAUGGUGUAAGGAUGUUGGGGUCGCGAGGUCUUCGGAGUAUCCUGAUGUGCAGAGGAUUACUGACAAUCUGCUCGGAACUUUAGAAGGGUUCCUGAAGAAGGCGCCGCCUGCGACGAAAGAGGUCGUAGCUCCGGGUGAUGAAGCGGUGGAGCUUGAUAUGAACACGAUCAAGGCUCUGCCUGCUCCUGAGAGCUGUACCAGUACUCCCCCGCCAACACCUGAGCCGAAGCAGCAGCAACAACCUGUGGCGCAGGUUGCGCCACAGGUUGUGGCCGUGGUGGCUACAGAGGAUUUGGUGAACCUGAGAGAUGAUGGUGUCACCGCGGAAGGAGAGGGGAACAAAUUCGCAUUGGCAUUGUGGGAAGAAUUCCCUUCUACGAAUGGCGAGGCGGGGGAGACAGUAACAUCAGGAUGGCAGAAUCCUGCGGCGGAGAGAGGCAGGGCGGAUUGGGAACUGGCUCUGGUGGAGUCGACUAGCAACCUGAACAAGCAGAAGGCUACGAUGGCAGGCGGGCUCGACGCCCUGACGCUGAAUGGAAUGUACGAUCAGGGCGCGGUGAAGCAGCAUGUGGCCUCGACCAACGCUGCUAGUGCUGGGAGCGCUAGCAGCGUGGUGCUGCCUGGUGGGAUGAUGCAGGCAGCGCCGAUGCUGGCGCUGCCUGCACCUGACGGGACGAUGCAGGUGGUGGCAGGUCAGGACCCGUUCGCAGCGUCGCUGGCGGUGCCUCCGCCGUCGUACGUGCAGAUGGCGGAGAUGCAGGCGAAGCAGCAGAUGUUCGUGCACGAGCAGCAGGCGUGGCAGCAGUAUGGUGGUGUUCACGGCGGGCAAGUUGCAAUGGCGAAUGGUAAUGGUGCUGGUUUUUAUAAUCCUUCACAGCAGGCGAUGGUGAUGAUGCCUUAUGGGAUGCCGCAGCCUGGUGGGUUCUAUAAUUACUCACAUCCCUAUUGA